AUGGAAGACGGGAAAGAGUCCGCCCUUUCCAAGCAGCUGAUGGUCAAGACUCUCUUGGGUUAUGGUAUCUUUGGUGCUGUCCAGGUUCUUUAUCGCUUGAUAUCCGGAUGGAGGACAUCCUCUCGGAUGAGAGGCCUUCUGGAAGACAUGCCGGCCGCGAACGGGGACGGGCACGAUCAGCCUGUUGGUUGGAUAAAUGACUUGCUAGCGAAUCUGCAUCGUAUCCACGACUGGCGACUCGAAGUUAGUGGAGGGCAAGCAAUCUCCAAAAGCCUGGGUUUUAGCUGGCACCCGGGGAUGUACGUGCUGAUUGCGAACGAUCCUGAGAUCGUCCGCCACAUCUUGAAGGACGAGUUCAACAAGUACACGAAGCCGGACAAAGCUUUGGAUCCAAUCUGGUUCUACUUCCAAGAGUUUCUGGGUGAUGGCAUUUGCGUCAGAAAGCAUGGGGUAGGUUCUGAAGAUAAUGGUGAAGACUGGGGGCACAUGCGCAAGGUCUCGUCGCAGAUUUUCAGUCGGAAGAAUUUCAACUCUUUAAUGAACGAAGUCUUCGUGGAGAAGGCAGAAGUAUUGCGUCGCUUUCUGCAGAGAUCUCGAGGCGAGACGAAGCAGGUGGACUUGCAAUCCUGCUUCUUCAACUUCACCUUCGAUGGCAUCAUGCGCAUCUUCUUUGGCGAAGAGUCCAACACGGCAGUAGGUGUACCGAACAAAUACGGCAAGGCUUUCGACACCGCGCAGAACAACAUGAAGUUCCACUCCGUCGAUUCCAUUGGGCCCUACAUCUUCUUCAGUGCGUUCUUGCCGUGGCCUCUCGGUGGCCGACAUGGAGGAUUAGCUCGUUGGCUUUGGGACCGGCUAUCCCCGAGGUACCGGACAAUGAAGUCCGCAUGCCGAGUGCUCGAUCGGGAGGCCGAUCGCUUGGUCAAGAAGUGUCGUGAUGAUCCCCAGCUUCCUGAGCGACGAGAUUUGCUGGCACUCUUCAUUCAGGCGAAGUUCAGCGCUGACUUCGUGAAGCAGAUGGUCUUGCAUUUGAUCAUUGCUGGCAGAGACACCACGGCCUGCCUGUUGUCAUGGACGUUCUAUGAACUCACCCGGAACCAAGACGUUCAGUCUCGGCUCCAUGACGAGAUCAUGCAGAAGUUGCCGCCAGGCACGAAGCUUGACAUGAAGAGCUUGUCGGCCAGUGAAAUGCCAUACUUGAAUGGCGUCAUCUACGAAGCUCUACGGCUUUGGCCUCCAGUGCCCUUCGACCCGAAGAUGGCCUUUGAAGACGACGUCCUGCCCGGUGGGUGGAAAGUGCCAGCCCUGGCACAGGUGGCUUACUCUCCAUAUAACAUGGGGCGGGAUCCAAAAAGAUACACAGAACCCGAGGCUUUCCGCCCAGAAAGAUGGAUCCCCUUUACAGCGCCGUCUCAACACGAGUUCCCUGUCUUCCAAGCAGGACCACGGAUAUGCCUCGGCAUGGAUAUGGCUCUUUUCGAAGCGAAGACUGCUACGGUAGAGUUGCUUCGUCACUGCCGAUUCGAGAUGGUACCGGGACAGGAUAUCACCUACGGUGACAAGAUUACCAUGGAUAUCAAGAGCAAUGGGAAGGAGGAGUUCCUUGUUUACGUCAGCGACUGGUAG